UUUCAAAAACUUAUGUACAUUAUUAUAUAAGCAUAUAUUUUGGAUAAGAUAUAUUUAUAUAAAAAAGUUACUAUUAUAAUUAUUACGUGUUUCAUCCAAUUUCCUAGUGGUGAAAUAAUUAAUUAAAGAUGGGAAGGCAGCCUUGUUGUGACAAACUAGGUGUGAAGAAAGGGCCUUGGACCGCUGAGGAAGAUAAUAAACUCAUCAACUUUAUCUUAACUAGCGGCCAAUGUUGUUGGCGAGCUGUCCCUAAACUUGCGGGACUUCGUCGUUGCGGCAAGAGUUGUCGUCUUCGUUGGACGAAUUACCUUCGACCCGACUUGAAGCGUGGCCUGCUUAACGAGUCGGAGGAACAACUUGUUAUUGACCUCCAUGCUCGUCUGGGCAACCGGUGGUCCAAAAUCGCAGCAAGAUUGCCAGGACGAACAGAUAACGAGAUUAAAAACCAUUGGAACACUCAUAUAAAGAAAAAACUCAUAAAGAGAGGAAUUGAUCCCGUCACUCAUGAACCUCUUCAAAAAGAACUCCGCGACACGGAGACAUCAUCCUCUUCUCCUGUAGAAAACUCAUCGUCACAAUCUGAAAAUAAUAACCGCCCAUCACCUCCGGAAAGUGUCAACGGUACCACAGGAAGCUCGGAGGAGAACUCAUCAAGCGCCUCGCCCCCACUUGAAAACUGUUCAAGUAGUUUGAUUGGUGAGCCUGAAAAAUUGUUUGAAAGCCUAUGUGAAGAUGAAAAGUUAUUAAGCUACCUUCUAGGUGAUGAUGAGCCUCCACUUGUUGAUACAUCGACUUGGGAAUUACCCAACAACAAUAAUGCACAAAAUGUCGUCAAUGAAUACAAUGGCGGAUUUAGCUCUUGGGAUGAUUGUGCUAAAUGGCUACUGGAUUGUCAAGAUUUCGGUAUUCAUGAUUUUGGAUUCGAUUGUUUUAAUGAAGAUCCUAUGAGUGUCUUGGACACUACUUUUGAGGCGGGCAACAAACAACAAAAUUGAAGCUAAUUAAUAUGGUUCAAAUUAAGGAUAAUAAAGAUUGUGUUGUUCUAUAUGUCCACGGUUUAUAGAACAACACUAGUCCCUCUUGAGAACCAAAUUAAUUAGUUAAAGUGUCGUCCUGAUUUUUCGCCUUGUUGUAAUGAGAAAGGCCAGAAUGAUAACCGAAGCGAUGGAAAUCGCUAUUGUCUUGUUGUAUAUCAUACGCCUUUCUAAGUAGCUAGUUUUCUUUAUAGGUAUUUUAGUGUUACAAUGAUGGUUGAAGAAAACUCGAGUCUUUAACUAAAAGAGAUUUCUCACCAUCAAUUAGGUAAUUUAUCAAAGUGGGCCAAAAGCCAAGUAGCUACAUAGGAAAGAAAAAAACAUAGUGAAAUGGCAACAACUUAAUGUCAAAAAUCAAGAACUUAAUGGUUCUUUGUAAAUAAUAAAAGUUCUUGUACGCGUCCUUUUUUGUUGAAAUAAUAUAUUCCAUAUUUUUCGUUGACAA